AAAAAAUCUUUUUACCGAAUAUACAACAUCACACACAGCCAGAGUGAGUGAGAAUCUUUGUUUUGCCCAACACUUGUUCGUCUUUGAUCCGGAGAACAAAAAAAUAUUGCCUAAAAAAUCACGAAAAAACCCCAUAAAAGUGACUAAAAUUUGUUACAAAACAUUUUCAAUAUGAUUAUCUAUAAUAAUUAAUAAAAUUCGUGGUGUUUUCAACCCGUGAAAGUUGUAAAAAAACCCCAACGAAAAAGUCGACAAACUCGAAAGAAGAAGAAGAGAACGAACACAACCCAAAAGAAUCUCUCGCCAUGUUCCAUAAAACGAAAACCCAAGCUGCACAAGGGCGGCGGUGUUUAUUAUUUUUCGACAACUCAAUUUAUCAACUAAUAACAAUUAUUUGUAUUUUACAACAAAUUCAAUUUAUUUAUGGACAAGAAGAGAUCAAUGUGGAACUUGGAAAGAAUUUUACUAUACAAUGUACAUCGUCCAGUAAUCAUGUUAGAUGGGAGUUUCAAGGAAAAAAUAUUACUAAUCAAGAUAAAAGAUACCACCUAUCAACCGAAUCCGUCAACGACAUUGACGAAAAUGCUCUACUCGUCGAUACAACAAAUGCUGCAGUCACAACCGCCUACAUACACAAUCUAAGUAUACAUCGUGUUAAAUUAUCCGAUGAAGGCAAUUACACUUGUCACACUACGGGCACAACUGAUCCAGUUAAUCCCGACCAACCCAACGAAAAUGUGUUCUUUAUACAACCAAUAAUACGUCCCAAAGUCAUAGCAAGUAGUCCGAAAAAAAUUAAACGAAAAAUUGGUCAAGCUGUAUCGCUGUAUUGUCUAAUCGAAGCUUAUCCUUUAGAACCAGUUCGAAAUCAUACAAAAUGGCUCAAAGAUGAAAUCUCAUUUAGUUUCCUUGAUAGUAGUACAAAUGUUACAUUAAUAAAUGGUACCCAUGUCAAUGUAUCACUUGAACUCACAGAGGUUUAUAAAAAAGAGAAUGGAACUUAUGGUUGUGUAGUUUUAUCGCCUUCCGGUGAUGAACUGGUUCGCAAAGAAAUUGCUCUUUUGGUAAUGGAUGUGCCUAUUGUAAGCAUUGAUUAUGUCAAAGCUGUGGGAGCAAAUAAGAUAUUUCUCAAUUGGACUUUGAAUGAUGGCAAUGAUCCGAUACAAAAAUAUUUUGUGCAAUUUAUGCAAGAAGGUGCACCAACUUUUACUUAUUACAAUCAUGUUAUUGGUGGGAAGAACACAUCCUAUGUGUUGGAUAACUUUUUGCCAAAUACCAGCUACUUGCUGAGGAUAUCGGCAAAGAAUAGCAUAGGUGAUGGAAUCCAUCACCAAUACCAUCAACCAGUACGAACUUUGGAGAAGGAUCCAGUUUUUGUGCCAAAAGUUGAAGCCACUGGGAAUACUGAGGCAACAAUAACAAUCGGUUGGGCACCACCACCACCAGAACUUCUCGAUUACAUUCAAUAUUAUGAGUUGGUUGUGUCCGAGCCGGGAGAGAAUCCUCGUAUUGUAGAAGCUGCUGUUUAUCAUCAGAACAGUCGGAAUCUCCCUUAUAUGUUUGAUAAUCUAAAAACUGCUACUGACUAUGAAUUCAAAGUUCGAGCUUGUAGCGAACUAACUAAACAAUGCGGUCCAUGGUCUGAAGUUGUUAAUGGAACAACUAUGGAUGGAGUUGCUAGUCAGCCAACAGACUUGCACGUUGUGUGUAAUAUUUCUCGACAUAGUUCGGUCAGUCUGGAAUGGAAUGUCCCAAAGAUUCCAAAUGGAAAAGUUAUAUCGUAUUCCAUUAAAUUGAUGGGAAUAGCCACGUACAAAAUGGAUGGUCGUUUGAUAAAUGCAACUUGGGGUCCAAAAGAACGUCGUGUCGAUGAACCAAAUCAUAAGACUGUCUAUGAAGGUGUCAAUCCUAACACAAACUAUUCCGUCACAGUUUCAGCUCUGACACGCCGCAAAAAGACUGGAGAACCAGCAACGGCUUACUGUACAAUGCCGGUAGCCUUGCCCGAUUCUAUUGGAAGAAUAAUUUGGACCAAAAUAAAAACAACCGAUGACAAAUGUGUGCUUAAACUUUUUAUGCCAAGAGUUAGUGAACGAAAUGGACCUAUUUGUUGCUAUCGAAUUUAUCUAGUUCGCAUACAAGAUAAUCGGGAUCUUCCUGGUCCUGAACUUUUAAAUGUUUCAACUUAUCAUGACAUCCAUAAUCCAAAUAAUACUCGUGGUGGAGCUUAUAUUGCAGAAAUGUUCCCUGGUGAAGCAUUUCGAUCGGAGAUAUUUUUAGGCGAUGGUAGACGAAUGUAUCAGGAUGUAGCUAGUCAAAAGAUUGCAGAUGAUCAUUGUCGAAAGUGUUUGGAAGGAGUGCCUUUUCGACGGGUUUUUCAUGCUCCAGUUGUUAAAAGUACGACUACGAGUACUCCAAGGCCUGAAGAACAUCAAAUUCCAAUCAUACCAGAGCUAACUCAAAGAGAGCAAUUGAAUAGAGCUGGAAAUCUAACCCAAGCAGCUUCUAAAAUCCUCGACAAUAAACGACGUCGUCGUCGUAAUCCAAAACAUGCAGUUGGUCAGAAUAUUCAAAAUUUGGAAGAAUCAAUUGAAACAACGACAGCUCCGAUGCCAACUGUUACUCUUCAACAAUUAGUUGAUGAGGUAUUUGAUGGUGAAAUAGAUAUGAAUAGUAAUUAUACUGGAUUUUUGGAAGUUAUUGUAAGAGAAGAGGAUGGACCACCACAAGCAAGUCUACCAUUGCUAGCGAAUAGUAAUUAUUUUGAGACAAUUAAUCCAAAAACAAUGAAUGAAUCAUCUGACAAUGGAGAUGAUCUAUUGCUUGUACUGACUAUUGUUGUCCAAAUAUUUAUUGUUUUAAUUGGAUUAUUAUUGUUGCUGUUGAUUGCAUUGUGUGUGAUUCAUCGUUACUAUACAAAGAGCACGGGGCAAGGUGAUGAAGUUAUUAGCUUGCGUGAUUCAUUGAGUCGUGCUCUGUGCGGAGGACGUACCAGCAACCAUCGUCACUUAAUCGGUUCCGCUCUAGCCAAACCAGCUGACAUAGGACCCAUUUCAAAAAUGGAUCUACCCCAGGCCUAUAGAAAUCGUCACAAAGACACCGAUUAUGGCUUCCUACGAGAAUUUGAAAUGCUUCCGAAUCGUUUCAACGAUCGCACAACCAAAAAUUCCGAUCUUAAAGAAAAUGCGCACAAAAAUCGUUAUCCAGAUAUAAAAGCCUACGAUCAAACACGAGUUAAACUCUCACAAUUAAAUGGAAUGCAAGGAUCUGACUAUAUCAAUUCAAACUUUGUCAUUGGCUAUAAAGAGCGAAAGAAGUUCAUCUGCGCUCAAGGUCCAAUGGAAAGUACCAUCAGUGAUUUCUGGCGCAUGAUUUGGGAACAACAUUUGGAAAUCAUUGUCAUGUUGACCAAUUUGGAGGAAUAUAACAAAGCAAAGUGUGCCAAAUAUUGGCCAGAGAAAGUUUCUGAUUCCAAACAAUUUGGCGAUAUAACUGUGACAUUUGCUUCCGAACAAAGAUUCUCUGAUUUCUUGGUACGCAAUUUGGAUGUUUUCAAACGAAGUGCUAGCAAUGAAGAUGAAGAAGAACGUCGACAGAUUACACAGUAUCAUUAUUUGGUAUGGAAGGAUUUCAUGGCUCCAGAACAUCCUCACGGGAUCAUUAAGUUUAUUCGUCAAAUCAAUUCGGUGUAUUCAGUCCAACGUGGUCCGAUUUUGGUGCAUUGUAGUGCUGGUGUUGGUCGAACUGGAACAUUAGUUGCUUUGGAUUCACUUAUUCAGCAGUUGGAGGAAGAGGAUCAGGUAUCGAUUUUCAAUACGGUUUGCGAUUUGCGUCAUCAGCGUAACUUUUUGGUGCAAUCUUUGAAACAAUACAUAUUUUUGUAUAGAGCUCUGCUGGACAUUGCUCAGUAUGGCAAUACAGAGAUUUUAGCUAGAGGCUUGAGUUUAACAAUUGAAAAUUUAAAAAUUAAACCAAAUGAUAGCAAAGAGAAAUGUAAACUUGAAUAUGAAUUUGAAAAAAUUAAAGCGAUUGCUGAUGAAACAAAUAAAAGUUGUUCAGUUGGCAGUGGAGAUGAAAAUAUGAAUAAGAAUCGUAGUGAAUCAGUAAUACCAUACGAUCGUAAUAGGGUCAUAUUGACUCCGAUUCCAACACGAGAACAUUCGACUUAUAUAAAUGCGUCCUUUAUUGAGGGUUAUGAUAAUUCUGAAUCUUUCAUCAUAACACAAGAUCCGAUGGAAAAUACCAUAGGCGAUUUCUGGAGAAUGAUUUCAGAACAGAGUAUAACUACUCUUGUUAUGAUAUCAGAAAUUGGUGAUGGUCCAACAAAAUGUCCUCGAUAUUGGGCAGAUGAUGAAAUACAAUAUGAUCAUACAUUGGUCAAAUAUAUGCAUAGCGAAAGUUGUCCAUAUUACACACGACGAGAGUUCAAUGUGACUAAUUGUAAAAUUGAUGAUACGAUUAAAGUAACACAAUUCCAAUAUAAUGGCUGGCCAACGGUGGAAGGUGAGGUGCCAGAAGUGUGUAGAGGUAUUAUUGAAUUAGUGGAUCAGGCUCAAAAACAUCAUACUGCCGAAAAUAAUUUCUCAACAUCGACGCCAAUUGCAGUACAUUGCAGUUUGGGAACGGAUAGAAGUUCAAUAUUUGUAGCCAUGUGUAUACUAGUGCAGCAACUAAGAACGGAGAAAAAGAUUGAUAUCUGUACAACUGCGAGGAAAUUACGAUCGCAGAGAGCUAUGCUAUUGGACACAUAUGCGCAGUACGAGUUCCUACAUCGUGCGAUUGCAAAUUACGCCGAUUUGCAUAAGCUAUCAACAGAAUCACCAUCUGAAUGUUAAUAUAUUUUGUUUUUAUUUUAUAACAAAUCAGUGCUUCAUUUUUAGCUUUUACAUAUAAUAUUUCAUUGUGUAUUAUUGUACUGUGUAAUGUUUAAUAAUUUAAUUUUUUUUUUUGUUGCACAAAGUCUAUUUGUGAUAAUAAACAAAUGAAAACAAAAAAUAAAUAAUUUAAAUCAAACUUUAACCCCAUCCAAUAAAACAAAAAUUCACCUAAAGACAUAAUAUAACAAAAAAUAAUCUCAUAAUUGUAAAAAGUACUCUAUUCAUACGCUAAACUUGACGUAUUCAUUUUUUAUAUAAAUUAUAACAUAUUUCAUUAUUAUUAUUUUUUUUUUUUUUGUAAUUUAAUUUAAACAAACAUUUUAUACAAAUAUGUAUGUAUAUUUGGGUUUGCUAAGCCAACAUCUGUUUUGUCAACAUCAAGUUUAAGCAACAAAUAUAAAAAUUUAAAUAAAAAAGAAGAAACAAAUUAACUAAAAAAACAAAGAUUUAAAAAAAGCAACAGAAAAAAAUCGUCAAGUAUUUAGAAAAUAAGCUACCAAAGGACUAAUACAUAUAAUACAAAUUAUUAUAUAUUUAAUUAUAUUAUCAAUGUAAAUUUAGAAUAUAUAAAAAAAAAAACAAAAAAUUUAAACUAAC